AUGCACCAUAUCCUUUUCCAUCUCUCCGCAUUCGUGUAUCUAGUUGGAGCGAGCAGGACUUGCUACUAUCCUAGCGGGGAUGUCGCGAUCGACGACGUCCCCUGUUUCUCGGGCGAUGCGGACUCGCCAUGCUGCUCCAAAAACUCGAUUUGUUUGAGCAAUGGGUUCUGCUACGGCAUCUCGCAGCCAUUUACGCUAAGCCGAGGUAGCUGCACCAACAGCAACUGGCCAAAAGAUGGGGUAUGUGAUGACAAAUGCUCUGAUGCUACCGAAAUGCGCGCUGAAGGAUGUGCCCUACCGCUUUAUCAAUAUAUUGACGACAAACCUUACUACUGCGCCAAUGCCCUUACACUCAACUCCUCGGGCGACCUCAGCUGCUAUGCAGGAUCUCCUUUCACGCUUAAUAGCGGUGAGCUUGUUUGGGAUAAGGCCGCGCUCGUAAAUUACACUUUGAGCGAUAAUAACUCGAAAUCAACUUCAAACUCGGCUUCAAAUUCAAACGGAACGCUGAACACCAAGAACGAGAAUGCAAAGGAUAACAACGACGUGGCGAUCGGAGCUGGAGUGGGAGUCCCUUUAGGAGUCUUGCUUCUCACUGCACUGGGCUGGGCGCUGUACGAACGAAAGAAGCGUCACUCUCUUCAGGCUUUAGUGGCCGGAAUACAUUCUCAGGCGGCUGUGGCACAGUUAAAUACCCAGGGGAAUACACCGGUGUAUACUUCACUUCGUGAGCUCCCAGAUACCCAGAAACGACCCCAGGAGCUGGCUACAAGUGAAAGUCGGGUAUGA